GAAUUUAUUAAUUUGUAGCUGAUCACGAUGCAUGAUGCUUUCCCCAAGCUUUCCCGCGUUUUACAUUCAGUAGGCUGGCUACGCUCAUUAUCCUUCCCUUCUGUACGUGUACUUGGGCCAAGCGUUGAACGGCGUAGAAUGUAGUAAGGAUAAUUUAUGUAAUCCAUCUCACAGAUUCCGUGUACUGCAUGCCCCUUCAAUCCGUGUUUCACGGCACGCGACUCGAGGACCACUGGCAGUCGUUGCACUGGUCCCUAUGAUUUCUAAAAUCUCCAUAAAAGACAUACCCAUACCGUCACAGCCAAGCUUCCUUCGUUCAGCUGCGUCAACGUCCCAUGCUUGAUUCUUUUGCUACGCAAGUCGACGAAAGCGCACGGCCACCACCGUCCGAAUUGUCAGAUACGUCCUUAAUCGUCGCUCUUUUUGAUUGGCAGGCGCUCUUGCUCGCAAGUUCUGUCUCGCGUUCGCUUACGGACAGGGAAAGCAUGCUUACGCCAAUGCCAUGCACGUCUGCAUUGUCUCUCAUAGUGGUACUUCUGCGAUGGGACUAUCGACGUCAGCAAAGGAUGUCGCUAGUGUAUUGUCCGUUAUGCCAAAGGCAUGUGGGAUCGUGGAGCUUUGCGACCGUCGUAACGCUAGCCGAGGAUGGCAUGACGAGUGAGGAACAGGAACAACAGUAUAUACCUUCGCCAUCGACGAACGGAAAGUCUGUGUCGGCAUUUAUCUCUGCAUGCGAAGCGAUAACCCAUUUCUCUGCCUUUUGUGGACUUUUCAGAACGUCUGCAGAAAGCCUCCUAUCAUGGGUAUGCUAGAAUGCGCAAGAAGUACUGAUCUAGUAUGUACAAGUAGCAGGACAAGCCAUCAACUGAUCCACCGGGAUCCCUACUCUGCCACCUCUGAUACGUACCUUGGACCCAAGCUUGCCGUGUUUUUGACAGUUGUCCUAGAAAAAGAUAGUCUGUGCUGUCUCGUAUUUACCUCCUGUCCAGGUCCUAGUUCGCACAAACUCUACCGUUAUACUUGUCUUCGUUAUGGCAGCACACAAAACAUACGAGCUACGGGAUAAAUAGAAAGGCGGUAACAAGCUGCUCAGCCUGGUCCGACACGUACAAGCCUGCCGCAUUUUUGGCAGAUCUUGGUGCAGCAGGUAGUCUCGUUCUACCUGCUGUCCCCAGUAUAUAUUCGUCAACGAAUAGAG